AUGGGUGUAAAGGGAUCAAAAACAGCUCGACGAGCAUCAGAAAAAUCAUCCACAACAGCAACAACAACAAAUACUACCAAUGCAUCUACAAACACUAAUACUACUACGACAACAACAACGGUUUCAACCCAUCCUUCUGUAAAUGGCACCACUGAAAGUACUACCACGGCAAAGAGCAAGGAAAUGUAUGAAAAAGGAAUUGAACAUAUUAUGGAAAAACUUAAAAACAAUGAUAUUUACAGAGCAAGGCUUCAAGAUAUUAACAUUAUGAGGCAAUUUGCUGAAGUGCUGGGCACAGAAGAAAAACUCAGAGCAACUUACCUCACCACAAAAUGGCUGGACACAGUAGAACUUGCUCGGAAAAUGUUGCAACAAUCAAAAGGCUUAGAUGAGGAACACCUCUCAUCAAGCGGUAGUAGUAGCGGAAUGAAGUCAAUGGUAUCAACUAACGUUGAUAAUGAACUUAACCAAAUGAAACAAAGUAAUGUAAACGAAGACGAAGAUCAAGAGGAUGAUGAUAUUCUAAACGAGCAAGACAUAAUCAUUGGUACCAAAGAUCCUAAUUUGAAUAAGAUUCUCGAGCAAAAUACUGUCAAAGUGAAGAUUGUGAUUUCAGAGAUUGCUCGAACAAAGGGAAGAAAAGCCUUCCGAAGAAUGAUGUCACCAAUUCUCAGUAGACUGGAUAUGUUACCAGAGUUAGGAAUGUUUCACUCUGCUAUUCAAAUAGGUCCUUGGUUAAUAGAAUGGAAUAACAGCGCAAUUUGUGUACCAAGAAAAUGUGUUAGUUCUGCAGCCAUGUUAUCUGCCGAUAUUGAACAAUUGCAAACAAAUGAAGAUGUUCGUAAAGUUGUCGAAAAGCUUAGUGCAGUAAUUGUAAAAUGGAAUACUUCAAUGCAAUAUAAAGAACGAGACACUGAACCUGGAAAGAGCGGAAAUUGUCAAGACUUUGUGGAUGAUGUGCUUCAUAAUAUUGGUUUAUCGAGAGAUAAAUUAUCAGAAGGACCACUUGGUGAAUUUCUGAAAAAACUCAAAACAAAAGGACAAAGCGAUUUGGUAUUCAAAAUGAGUGACAGCUUUAGGAAAGCUUUCAACUUGGAAGAAAACAAAAAGAAAUUCAAAACUCACAAAGAACUCGAUGAUUUUGUGAACAGUCUUGUUGCAAUUGAUCAUAGCUUUGAAAAUAAUUAUCGAUAUGAAUGGCUGUUCCUUAAAUCUAUGGAUCGUGCCUUUUGGCUCAAACAUAUCAAAUUUGAGGAGUUGGAAGAAUACAAACCAGCCUCAAAAGAAACAAUUGAUGAGGAUGGUGAUGUUAUCUUUAUUCCUGAUUGUCCUUUCAAAGAUCCAAGAGAUACUUAUUCUUUUAUCUAUGAUGAAGAACAGUAA